AUGUCUUGUAAAGUUUAUGGGUCUCCAAAAAGUUUUCGAAUGCAGAAGAUUCUGAUUGCCGCCAAAAUCGGGAAUAAAGAUGUCACUGUAUUGGAUCAAAAGCCUCCAUACAACAAAUUUCCUCUUGGAGUAACUCCAGCAAUGGAAGACAACAGCAUCACGUUAUUCGGUGCAGACGCAAUUAUGCUUCAUUUGGCAGGCGAAACAAUGAAAGGAGCAAAUUGCUCGGAAAUGUUGCAGUGGAUGCAGUGGUCUGAGGGGCAGCUAAUACCAAGUGUUUUAGGUUAUGUAUUACCAAGUGUUUCAGUUGCUCAUAUUGACAGUGAGAUCUUGGAAGCAGCAAAGACAGAAUUGCUUACGCAGCUGAAGUGUUUGGAUAAACUGCUUUUAACAAAAACUUUCCUAAUCGAUGAAAGGAUGUCUCUUGCUGAUAUUUCUGUAGCAAUGGAUUUACUUCCUGCUUAUCAAUAUGUCUUGGACGAAGCGAUACGUACGUCAUUAAUUAAUGUCAACCGUUGGUUCAGAACCAUAAUUAAUCAAAAAUCUGUUAAAGAUAUCCUUGGUGAAGUGCAGUUUGCCGUAAAAGCAUCCAAAUUUGAUAGUACGAAAUUCAAAGAAUUAUCUGCAAAACUAUCCAAAGAACGUACUGCUCAUAAAGAUGAAAAAAGCAAGGAAUUGCGCGGAAAACAAAACAAAGGGCAGCAGGAGGAAGAUAAGAAAACCAAACGAGCAAAAAAUGAGGACGAUGAACCAGAUGCUGCUGAUGAAGUUUUAGCUCAAGAGCCGAAAUCAAUUGAUCCUUUCUCUGCUAUGCCUAAAGGAACUUUUGUGAUGGAUUCCUUCAAGAGAGUUUAUUCGAAUGAAGAUACAGCAACGAAAGCACUGCCUUACUUCUGGGAGAGCUUUGAUUCGGAGAAUUAUUCUAUUUGGUUUGCUGAGUAUAAAUACCCCGAAGAUUUGACUCUUACAUUUAUGAGUUGUAAUCUCAUAAGUGGGAUGUUUCAAAGAUUAGAAAAACUAAAGAAAAAUGCUUUCGCAUCAGUUUGUUUGUUUGGCACGGAUAACAACUCAACAAUAUCAGGGAUUUGGAUUUGGAGAGGACAUGAAUUGGCUUUUAAGCUCUCACCAGAUUGGCAGAUUGAUUAUGAAAGCUACGAUUGGAAGAAGUUAGAUCCAGCUGAUGAAAAAACGAGGAAGCUUGUUAAUGAAUAUUUGAUGUGGGAAGGUGAUUUCGACGGGAAGAUAUUUAAUCAGGGGAAAAUAUUCAAAUGA